AUGUUCUUGAGCGCUUCGCGAUGGAGACUGUCACGCAGGUUCCUUUCCAGCCGCAGAUUGGUCCCCAUCGCUCUCAUCUUGGGAUUUGCGCUGGUCUUGACAUUCUACACGAUCCAUAUACAAAGUCUACACGAUCCCAGAUUCUAUGAAAGAGUUUCUUUACAGGUACCACAUGAUCCUGCAUCGCUCAGCAGCGGUCUGGCACAGUCUCCUCGUCAGGGGGAUCACCUGAUCCCGCACAAGAUCUGGCAAAUCUUUCUCACGCCGCCGGAAAUAAAAGAAGCGCGACCAGAAAUCCCCCAGAAGCAGCGCGAUUUUAUCGAGAGCUGGAAGGUGAAUAACCGGGACCAUGAAUACCACCUGCUCAGGGACAACGACACAGUCGCGUUCGUCCAGGAGAACUUCGCCCAAAAUGAAGCCCUACAGAAGAUCUUUGCUGGCAAGGGAAGCGCGGCCAUGAAGUCGGACAUCCUUCGCUACCUACUGCUAUUUGCCAUUGGCGGCGUAUACACAGACCUGGAUACAGUCGCAUGGAUCCCAAUUGAUUACUGGGCCCCGAGGGAGUACCGGAGCACCGCGCGCCUGAUCAUCGGUAUCGAAUUCGAUCGGCUCGAGGACGAGAAUUGGAAAGGCGUCCAUCACGAGCUGCAGUUUUGCCAGUGGACCAUCGCUGCGGCACCUGGUCAUCCCAUAUUCAGCGCCAUGGUGGCAAGAGCGUUGAAGCUCUUAGGAGAUCUCGAAGAGUCUUACGGCAAGCCAUUUGCCGAGAUCAAACCAACUACAAACGAUGUAUUGACGACAACUGGGCCAUCCGCAUGGACGGAUGCAGUGUUUCAAGAGCUACAAAAGAUCGAUCCAAGUCUAAAAUCUCUCAGGGAUCUGUCCGGGUUGAAGAAGGAGAAGAUGAUUGGUGAUGUCUUAAUACUGCCGAUCGACGGGUUCGGAGCAGGACAACGCCACUCUGGCAGCACUCGGCUUGGUGUUCCACCAGCCGCAAGAGCUAAGCAUAAGUUCCACGGAGUAUGGAAGGGUAGAGAAAGUCGAAUUUGA